AUGCCUCCGAAAACGAAGAAAGAUGAACAAGACCGCGGAGAAGCAGCUAAUGUCACCGCAUUUACAGCCGUGCUAACAGCUAAGCUAGCGGAAUCUAAAAGUGAACUUCUGGCUGAGAUUAAAGACACCUACGCGAGAUAUGAGGCAAAGCUUACUGGCCUCCAGAACUCCGUUGAAGACCAUGACCAACGUAUCACUAGUCUGGAGCAAUUUGCUAACUCCACCAGUGACGAGUUAACUGAUGUGCCGACUGAGCUAGCGGCGGUGGCCUCAGAAAAUGCUAAGCUAAAGGCUAGGCUGAUAGAUCUUUCUGGACGAACCCGCCGUAAUAAUAUAAGAAUUGUGGGUCUGCCGGAACAAAUUGAAAAUCAGACGAGACCAACAGAGUUCUUUUCCCAGCUACUGUGUGAUGUGCUUGGUGCGGACAUUUUGUCAUCACCCCCGAGGCUGGACAGGGCCCACCGCGCACAGCCUGCUAGGCUAGCAUCCACGGGUAGGCCUCGGCAUGUUGUGAUCUGUUUUCAUCAUUUCCAAACUCGGGAGCUGGUUGUGCGGGCUGCCCGACAGCUACGGGGCGGACUGAAAUAUAAAGAUACACCUAUCCACAUCUUUGAGGACUACGUUCCGGAGGUUUUGGAGCAGCGCGCUCAGUACCGGGACGUGAUGGAGAGGCUCUUCGAGUUAGGCUACAAGCCCGCACUGAGGUACCCUGCCAAGUUGUCUGUUGUGCUACACGAUGGAUCAAGAAAACUUCUUCCCACCGUAAAAGAAGCUGCUGACUUUGCGUCUCGUCAUCGCCGACGGGAUGACCCAGAGGUGCCUGCUACUCCACGCUUGGUCCCACUGGGUACAGGUUGGAAGCCUGUGUAA